AUGGCAUCUCCUCCUAGAAAUUCUCUUCCAGCCGCCGUUGGUGAUGCCCACAACAAUGCUGCAGCACCUGAACCAGCAUACCCAAAUCUGGCAAUCAUCGUUCAUCCUGUCAACCUUGAAGCUGUUCCAAUCAGCUACAUUGAGCCCGGAGAUGAGCUGAAUCCGAUCGACCCAGACAAUUUCGAGUUCGUGGGUCCCUCUUCCACUGCCGGAAGAUUUCCAACUCGCCGGUCCAAGCGCAUGAACCCCUUCCCAGAUCUGAAUACUGCUGGGUCACAACGCCAGAGGGGAGCAAACUCUCCCAGAAGAGGAGGCAGAGGUGGAAGAAGAGGAGGCAGAGGUGGCCGUACUCCAGUUAGGCCAAAUCCACCAAGAGGCCUUCAUUUGGUGGAUGAAGAAACUGAUGAUGAAGAAGGAGAUCCUAGCUUUGCAGCACCAGAGGCCCAAGAUCUAUCCUCCAGCUCCUCUGAGUCAUCAUCCAAUGACUCACCUCCCCCACCAUCAACUCAGGGGGAGACAUCUCAGCCUAGCAUGGCAGCAGCAGCCUCUCAACAUCCUGUUUCUGAAGGUGUUGCUGCCCAUGUUCCUGAAGAUGCUGCUGCACCCACGGUCUCAGAAACUGUCCCUCAGAGAAGUGCUGCUGAGGAUGCUGCUCCUUAUCAGGAUGAAGAAAUGCCUGAUUUUUCUGGGAUGUCCUCUGCAGAGCAUGUUGACAUUCCCACUGUUGAUGCUCAGGAUUUUACCACUACUGAAGAAACACCAUCUGCACCACAUGCAGACCCUCUGGAAACUCUGGCAGAAGCAGCAGUUCAUGUGGAUGCUUCCCCUCCUCAGGCUGAAGAACCAGAGAACAGUGAAGACAGCUGGGAGAUUCCUUUGGCUUCCUUUCGCAAGAAUUUGCCCUCCUCAGAGUCAGACAGUGACUCAUCUGAGAACUCUUCUCAGGCUGAAGAAGAUGUUGCCCCACCUGCUGCAUCACCUGAACCAGCAUACAUUCCAGAUGAGCUUGAAGAUUCAGAAGAAGAGGACUCCUCAGAAGAAGAAGAACCAGACUUGGAUGGGAAUAAUUUGUCAUCCCCUUUUGAGCUUACUCACUCUCUAGCUCAGAUUACGUAUCACCAGUCCAUGGUGGACAUGCUCCAAAAGUUUCUUUCUGAUCAAAAAGGAGGAGAAAAAGGUCAUGAAGCUGAAGCAGGGACUUCUCACCCUUUGGAUACAAGAGGCAGGGAGCAAGGAGUCAAUGAAGAGGGAGCAAAGAAUGAGGGCGAAGCUCAAGAAGCAGAGGAAAGCAGUGGAUCCAGUGCUAGUGAUGGAGGAGCAGCAGCUGAUACUGAGGAGACUUUGGAUACUCUACUUUAA